GACUUAAAGUGUGAUCGGGUGAACGAUUGUGGUGAUGAAAGUGACGAAGAAGACUGUUCUAGUUCUUGUCCUGAUCAAGAAAAUUGGUUUCGUUGCACAAAAGCCUCUUGUAUUCCAAUAAAACAGAGAUGCGAUGGAAAUGUGGAUUGUCCAGAAGAGGAUGAUGAAAUGAACUGCUCUAAAGAUGCAAGUCAUUGUCGACGUGAUGAAUUUCUGUGUGAUCUUCACCGCUGCAUACCACUCACGAUGAAAUGUGACGGAGUUCCAGAUUGCAGAGAUGGAACAGAUGAACCGGUAGUACCUUAG